UAACAGGUCCAUGGUGGGCCCGUUCUGAUAAUCAGACGAAGAAGAAGAAGAAGAAGAAGAAGAAGAAGAAGAAGAAGAAGAAGAAGAAGAAGAAGAAGAAGAAGAAGAAGAAGAAGAAGAAGAAGAAUCUGUGUUGUGAACAUGGCGGCAAACGAAAGUGUAAACAGUCAGCCAACGGACGUCGAAACUAUCGUUAACCGCUGGCUUGUUGAUUAUUAUGUGUCUCUGGCGCUGGAGUUGUUCCAAAAGGAGCUUUACGAGGACUUCCGUGACAUCAGAGCUGUGAUAGAGAGUGUUCUGGAUCUUCCUGUUGAGAAAACCGAUGACUUGCAUGUGAAGAUUCAACUCCUAAAGUUCCUCUCCCGGAUAAAUGAAGGCGAAAAUCUCAACGCGGCAUUUGGUCCUGAAAAGUCUACAAGUCCUCUGGAAUCAGCCUUAAGUUUUCUGGAAGCAAUUAACCGGGAAACCUCUAUUCCACAGCAAGAUUUUGAGAAUGUAUGCACUUCACUUAAAGAAAUGAUUGUGGUGAUUUUCAUAAAGAACAAUAAGUUUGACGAAGCAAAAAUGGUUCUUAACACGCACUUUCCAAAACAAAUGAUUGGCAAGAAAGCUAUAUUCAUGGGUCUCAUCAGAAAGAAGAGUAAAACGCAUGAAGUCAUCGAGCAGAGUAACUUCCAACGGUUCAGAAACGAGAUAUUGGCCUUUUGCAGAAGGCUCUGCCCAGAUCAUACUCCCUUUCUCCUCAAGGCAGCAAAAAUGCUGAAAGACAAAAGACUCUCAGGGGCAGAUGAGGAUGCAGCUGGUCCUGAUGUGCAGGAAGAACCUGGUCCGUCCUCUUCUCCGCAAACAGUCAACAUCCAGGUUACACUACGUAAUUAUGUAAUUAGCCCGAGGACCAGGCUGGAGGCAGCCUACAGGGAUUUGGCUCCAGAGUUGGAGGAGAGAACAUUUGCUCAGCUGGAGGUAGAAGUGGAGAGAGAGGAACAGGCUCGAAUUGAAGGUAUAUCCCUGUGCCUUUCAUCCGCUCCCACAAAAGACACCAGUCGGGACACAGAGCAGGAUGGGUUAUUUCAGAGAGCCUCGGGUAGCCCCAUGGAGGCUUCCCCAGCAGACCAGCCACCACAAACGGACGUUGUUCCUGAAACGCAGGCAGGUUCACGUUCCAAGAUACCUUCAGUGCAGAAGAACAGGCAGCUUUCCACUUUGGCACGACUGGUGGUCGAGCCAGACAGCCAACAGAGCACACCAGCUUCUCAGGAGCUUGAGAAUGAAGUCGGGACAGAGGAGCUACAGUCACCAGCUGUACCCAGUGAAAAACUGCUGCAGAGCCCAUUAACAGACAGUGAGAUUGCUGUACCCACACGAAAACGACGCAGGCGGUCCGAUCGACUGCGCAGCGGAGCCUCAACAAGUAUUGCAGAGUUGUCAGCAGACGGAGAAGACGAGACCCCCGUACUGUCCAGAAGUUCAGUCCACCGAAACUCAAGGCAGUUGUCAUCCGACAGCGAGGAGGACCUGCAGGAGUCACCAUCUUCCUACAGAGCUCCAGGGAAGACACCUUGUAAACAACUGGCCAACGAUCCUCUGAGCAAGAGUUUUACCUCAACCCCAGAAAGAAUAUCAGAUCGCAUAGGAGGAGCACCUCCUAAAACUCAGGCCUCAGGAAAAAGAAACUCCACUAAAUCCAAUCAGAGGUCAUCCAAUAAUGAGGAAGAUCAACAGCUGCCAGUGGCUCCCUGUAAAACCCCAGUACAGAAACCUCGUAAACAACUGGCCAGCAAUCCUCUGAGCAAGAGUCAUACCUCAACCCCAGAAAGAAUAUCGGAUCGCAUAGGAGGAGCACCACCUAAAACUCAGGCCUCAGGAAGAAGCAACUCCACUGAAUCCAAUCAGAUGCCAUCUGAUAAUGAGGAAGAUCAACAGCCACCAGUGGCUCCCUGUAAAACCCCAGUGCAGAAACCUCGUAGAGACCUGGCUAACAAUCCUCCCAGCAGGGAGUCUGAUAAUACAGAUGAGGUCUGUAUCACAGAUUCUUCUUUGGACAGCUCCCCCAAUCCGUUCCCUCGUCAACAUCGCCCUCGAAGGAGCUCCACCCCUCAAAAGGACUCUGCUAAAGGUCCUUCUACUUCAAAAUGGAAAACGCUGUUCAAUAAUGCUAAGGAGAGUAAGGAAACAUGGGAUGAGGAGGACUGUUUGUUCAUCUCUGAAAAGAAUAGCGGAUCACACAACGAGAGCAACAUUUCAAACUCAGGCCACAGGAAGAGGAGGUGGACUGAGAGUGAGACACAGCAGCUGAAAGAAGGGGUCCGAAAAUUCGGAGAGGGCAACUGGAGUAAGAUUAAGUCCUAUUACACCUUCGAGAAUCGAACAAAUAUCAACCUUAAGGACCGGUGGCGCACACUGAAAAAGCUGAAAAUGGUCUGAGAGGACUCCAAAAGGACAAGGCACUUUUUCUUUUCUUUUCAUUUUUUUUUUACCACUUUUUGUACAUUCAAUGGUAGAUUCUGUGUUUUUAAACCUUGACCAUGUUUCUGUGUCUGAGUGAUUUAAUGGGGCAACAAUUUUGGAAAUUGGAAACACCUUUCACAGUUUACCUUGAUUAAAAAAAAAAAAAAAUGCAGCUUCUGCAAAUUAAAUGUAACACUUGGCCAUCUUGCAGUUCAGCAAUAUUUCAGGUAGUUUCUACUGACAAGGUCUGUGUGUAGGGAAGUUGCGGAAGCAUUUUCAGUUGUAUUUUUACAGCAUUGUCACCCAGAGGGAUUACUUUGCAACAUGCGUCAUGGUUGCUUCACUCAACAGAUUUAAAAAAGUCUUGUCGCCAUGAGGCACUUAGACACAAAUGUUGGAAAAUGGAGUCCGGGUUGAAAAAUAUUAAAGGUAACUCCUUUAUCAUGUUCAAAGUUCAUUAAAUUGAAGUUCAUUAAAAAACUG